CUCUCUUACUUGACUGAUUCUACUAUUGUAAACAUACAUCUAGUGAAGGAAGAAAAGAAAUGGCAGAAAGAACAACAACUGGAUGGGCUGUAAGAGAUUCAUCUGGAGUUCUAGCACCAUAUAGUUACACUCUCAGGAAGACUGGAGUUGAAGAUGUAUACAUCAAAGUACUCUAUUGUGGAAUCUGCCACACUGAUCUUCACCAGGCCAAAAAUGAUUUCGGCAUGACCAAUUACCCCAUGGUCCCUGGCCAUGAAGUUGUCGGUCAAGUCUUGGAGGUUGGAUCCAAUGUCACCAAAUACCAUACAGGUCAGAUAAUCGGAGUUGGUUACAUCAUCGACUGUUGCCGACAGUGUAAACCCUGCAUAACUGAAGAAGAACAAUACUGCAAGAAGAAGAUCUUAACCUUCAAUGAUUUCCACCCUGAUGGAACACCAACCCGAGGUGGAUUUUCCCACCACAUGGUUGUUGAUCAAAAGUUCGUGGUAAAGAUACCGGAUGGGAUGGAGGGUUACCAGGUAGCCCCUCUACUAUGUGCCGGAGUGACAGUGUACAGUCCACUGAGUCACUUCGGUCUGAAAAAAAGUGGGUUGAGAGGGGGGAUAGCGGGACUUGGAGGAUUGGGUCAUAUGGGUGUGAAGAUUGCUAAGGCUUUAGGUCAUCAUGUGACAGUGAUAAGUUCAUCAGAGAAGAAGAGGCAGGAAGCGAUUGAACAUCUUGGUGCAGAUGAUUACCUGGUUAGCUCAGACACAACUCGGUUGAAAGAGGCUGCCGAGUCAUUGGAUUACAUUAUUGAUACGGUCCCUGCCUUUCAUCAGAUACAUCCUUAUCUUUCUCUCUUGGCCCAUGAUGGAAAGUUGAUAUUGAUUGGUGUAGUUGGAAAACCACUUGAGUUUUACUCUCCCCAUCUCAUUUCUGAGAGGAAAAGCAUAGUGGGAACAUUGGUGGGGAGCAUGAAGGAGGCUGAGGAGAUGUUGGAACUAUGUAAAGAGAAAGAUGUGACAUCAAUGGUUGAAGUUGUUAAAUUGGACUAUGUCAAUACAGCUCUUGAGAGGUUAGAGAAGAACGAUGUCCGUUAUCGAUUUGUCAUUGAUGUUGCAGGCAGUGUGGACCAACCAUAAGACUUGGAUGUCACUUAUUUGUUGGGUAUGGGCUGUGGACCAAUCCACCUUUAAUAAUUUGGCUCAUGUAACCUAAUUUAAAUGAGAAUAAAUGGUUUGAUGUAUCUAUCAACAAGGACUUAUGAUGAUAUUAUUUGGAAACUUGUCCUUAAUUUAUCAUUUGGGUCAUUAAUCUAUGUUUACUUUUUUGUUUCUACAUUUAUCUUUGUUUUAUUAUGUAAGAGUUUGGCAUGACUGUUUCAUUUCCUUUGGAUUACUUGUACAAUAUGACUGUAUAAUGGGAUUUGAAGAGUUGUACCAUUGAUGUAUUUUUAUUCAUAAGAUUUAUCUUCUC